CCAUCACCCUCUCCACUUGACUGCAAGGCAUUUAAAGGGUUGGGCGCGCAUCUUGAGCGCCUCCCACUUUCUUACUUUCCAUGUCUCGAGUCCUUUCUCAAUCUUCUCGUCUUCAAGCACGGGUCUUUUCCCGUGUUGGAUUGCCCACAUCUGCACUACGCGCUGUCCGACCUGUGCCACAACCGGUCUUGCGCGGGCUUCCUUCAGCAUAUGCCUCGAUUUCGAGGCGAAAUUACUCGCAGGGCCCGGUGGGUGGUGGAGGAGGGAGCAAUCCGUUUUCUUUCAAGAUGGGGCCCCAGCAUGCCAAGGGCGAUGCUCUGAAGGAAUACAGUGUUGACCUCACAGAGUUGGCGAGGGACGGAAAGCUGGACCCUACCAUCGGAAGGGAUGAAGAGAUCCGAAGGACCAUUCAGAUCCUUUCUCGUCGGACCAAGUCGAAUCCAGUCCUCAUUGGCCCCCCUGGUGUAGGGAAGACAGCCAUUCUCGAAGGUCUAGCGAGUCGAAUAGUCAGUAAGGAGGUUCCAGAGUCUCUACAUAACAAACGCGUUCUCUCGAUCGACCUGUCUGGUAUCAUGGCGGGCUCUGGCAUCCGGGGACAAUUCGAAGAGAAGUUCCGCAAUCUGCUCUCGGACAUCGAAGCCGAGGAAGGCAACGUCAUUUGCUUCAUAGAUGAAGUGCACACCCUCUUCAAUCUCGGCAAGACGGAGGGGAGCAUUGAUGGCGGACAAAUGAUCAAACCUGCUUUGGCUCGCGGUCUGCAACUCGUUGGCGCCACAACCCCUGACGAAUACCGGAAGACUAUCGGAAAGGAUGCUGCACUGGAACGUCGCUUCCAGCCAGUGCAGAUAGAAGAACCUACCGUCGAAUCGACCAUCUCCAUCCUGCGCGGGCUGAAGCCUCGUUACGAAGUCCACCACGGAGUCGAGAUAUCCGAUGCUGCGUUGGUGACGGCCGCGGUCUACGGCGCGCGUUACGUGUCAGAAAGAUUCUUGCCGGACAAGGCUAUCGACCUGGUCGAUGAGGCCGCUUCGUCACUCCGGCUUGCGCAAGAGUCUAAGCCAGACGAGCUAGAGACCUUGGAGAGGGCGAUCAUGACACUUCAGAUCGAGUUGGAGAGUCUCAAGAAAGAGUCGGACGUGUUCAGUGUCGAGCGCAGGAGUGCAGUCGAGGAGGAGAUCAAGACGAAGCGCCAGUCUGCUGCCGAGGUGGAGAGGAUCUGGCAGGCAGAACGCGCUCGACUGGACCGCACGAAGCAGCUGAAACGGGAGAUCGAGCAGGCGAAGCAUCAACUCGAUGUCGCUCAGCGUCUGGGUGACUUUGAGAAAGCUAGCCGACUGCGUUUCUCUUCGAUCCCCGAGCUUGAGCGGCAGCUGCCGCCGGAGGAAAGUGAGGCGAAGGAGGAGGGAUCUUCGAUGUUGCAUGAGCGGGUCACAUCCAACGAUAUCGCGCGUGUGGUUGCUCGUGCGACUGGGAUUCCAGUGCAGAAUCUCAUGAAGGGCGAGCGAGACAAGCUUGUGAAUAUGGAAGACGCUCUCAGAGGGCGAGUCGUUGGCCAGGACGAUGCUGUGACUGCAAUCAGCGACGCAGUCCGGAUCUCUCGGGCGGGACUGCAGGCUCCGAACCGACCAGUCGCCUCUUUCCUGCUGCUCGGGCCGACAGGUGUAGGCAAGACAGAGUUGUGUAAAACGCUCGCUGGAUUCCUUUUCAAUGACGAGAAACGGGGCUUGAUCAACAUCAAUAUGUCCGAGUUCCACGACCGACACACCAUCUCGCGACUGAUCGGCGCAGCACCCGGAUAUGUCGGAUUCGAGGAGGGUGGACAAUUGACCGAGGCAGUGCGGAGGAAACCCUAUGCCGUGAUUCUGCUCGAUGAACUGGAGAAGGCACACAAGGACGUGGCGAUGGUCUUGCUGCAGAUUCUGGACGAGGGUAGUCUGACAGACAGCCAGGGCAGAAAAGUGGACUUCAAGAACACAAUCAUCUGUCUGACGAGCAAUCUGGGAAGCAACGUGCUCAGCAACCCGGAGGCGUGCGAUGCGGAUGGGGUGGUCACGCCCGCAGCUAAGCAGGAGGUGCUCGACAUCACAUCGGAGUACUUCCCCCCGGAACUGCUGAAUCGGCUGGACACGAUGCUCGUCUUCAACAAGCUGUCUCGGGAAUCGAUUCUGCAGAUUGUCGGCCUGCGGCUGAAGGACGUCGCUGAUCGACUGGCGAGUCGCCGGAUAACGGUUGACGUCCACGACGCAGCGAAAUUGUGGCUAGCGGAGCACGGGUACUCCAACGUAUACGGCGCCCGGGCGAUCGCUCGGGUUGUGAGGACAGACGUCCUGUUCCCGCUCGCGCAGAGGUUGCUGCGCGGAACGGUCAGAGAGGGGGACACGGUCGAGAUCCGCGUGUCUGAUGACGGGAGUAGUCUUGUGGUUGGGGAGAAUCAUGCACCAGAUCCGUCUGCGGCGUCGAGUGAAUUGCACGAUAAUCUGAACAGACAGGAGGAGGUGUAGAAUAGACUUGUAUUCACAGAUGUAGCUUGAUGUCUAACGACCUCCCUGCUCAUGAUCAUGCGGCACUGGAUUCUGAGACCGAGCCGUCGGAUGAGCGCAGCUUGAAC